UUCAGACAGCGGAGGUAUUAAUACCGCUGUCAUGUUCCAUUUUUCUCUCCCUCCUAAAUCCCUAAUCCCAUCAAAUAUAAUAAAUUGGUCCUUUCCGUAUUUCUUGUUUACAUAAGGCAUAUACACACAAAUAUACGUGUGUAUAUAUACUUGAGAAGAUGAAAAGAAAGAGGUGUGAGAUGGAGAAGAAGACAGAAAUAAGAUCCGCCAUUGAAGAGCUCUCUGUUCUCAUCAUAACGAAAUCGGGAGAUAACAUGGAAGCCAUCAACAUACCCUUAAAGCCUCUUCUCUCUUUCUGCAACUCAGUCAUCCAAUUUCUUGAUAAGAUUGGACCGACAAUGGCUGUUCUCCGACAAGACAUUGAUCAAAACAUUAAAAUAGAGAAGCUUUGCGAAUCUGAUCCUCGUGUCUACUCCAAUCUGGUUGAGAUUCUCAAGAAGGAGAAAGAAGAUGGAGUUUCCAAGAAGGCUGAUAGUUGCAGCAGGUCAAUUCUUUGGCUCACAAGAACCAUGGAUUUCACUGCGGCGUUAUUGCAAAGAUUGGCAAAUGAUACGUCACAUAACAUGGAACAAGCCAUCGAGGAAUGCUACGUUGCAACUUUGAAGCCAUGGCAUGGAUGGAUCUCUUCUGCUGCUUUCAGAGUGGCUCUCAAACUCGUACCAGAUCGCAACACAUUCAUCAACGCCUUGUCCGCAAAAGACGAGGGCUUCGAGUUCGAGACUCUCCAAGCGGACAUGGCAACUCUAACUUCAUUCCUCGUACCUGUUCUGCAAGACAUCCAUUCUGUCUUGGAAUUAUACGAUUUGGACCGACUGAAAUCGACGUGAGAGUCAAAACUGCAUGAAAUGAAAAUCUAAUAUUGUAUUUGUUAUAGAACUAAUUACUUACUGUACAGUUUCUUUCCAAUGGGUUGAUUUAAUUUAUUUAUUUUCAUUGUGAAAUUGCAAGUAUUAUAUGUAUGUAUGUACACACAUGGUCAUGACUAUCAUAUGUAAAAGUAUUCGUGUAUGCAUGUCACAUAAAAUUGUAUUCAUA